AUGCUACGUAGAAGGCAGCAAGGUCGUGCUGCUUCUGGUGUCUACGCUUCUGCCGCUGUCCACAUCGUCCCCUACAACCGCCACCCAUCACCACCUCGAGUAGCUGUGCCAGCAGCAAGAGUACCCGCCGCCGCUGGACCAUCAAACGAGGAGGCCGGUACCUAUGCGGGCCCGGAUCCGUUUGAGCACAACGAAGGUGACGUGGAGGAAUGGCCGGAAGAUGGCGUCAAUCCCGGUGAGCAGCAUGAUGAUGAGGAGGAAGAGGACGACUGGUGGAACGCGGGGCUUCGCGCCGACCCUGACGAUGUAUACGAGUGGCAUCGGGACGACGACGAGGCGCCAGAUCCAGACACUGGCGAGGGCCAAAGUCGUGCGGAGCAGGAUGCCACUGAUGUUGCCGCUGAAGCCGCCGCGGAGGACGACGAAUACGACACUGACAACGAGAUGCCUGACCUCAUUGUGCCGAAGUUCCCGGAAAGAGGGAGGCCGAAGGAGGAAGAAAAAUGUCAAAAGGCACCCGUCCGCCCUCCCCGGCGAAUUCACAAAGGGGAGCGCAAACGCCACGCCAUCUCCGUGAAGUGGCUGGAUCAUCUGCUGGAGUUGAAAAGCGUUCGAGUAACCGCAAGGGAGGCCGAGGUGCAGCCUUCCACACAAGUACUCCGACGCUGCGCCAAGUCGCAAGUGACUCCACGGUGUGGGAAGGGCGGCCCUCCCCGCCGACAUGGAGCGCGCCGUGUAUCGGCGCAUAUUGCAUCACCGCUCUCAAGGGCUCGCCAUGACUGUGGGAAUGAUGCAGAAGUGGAGUAA